AUGCCUCAGUGUAAAGGCAAAGAAGUCGGCCCCAUUGGGUACGGCUUGAUGGGUCUCACAUGGAGGCCGAAGCCCUGCCCAGAGGAGCAAGCAUUCGCAGCCAUGCGGGAAUCGCUCGAGAGGGGCUGCAACCUCUGGAACGGGGGCGAGUUCUACGGUACUCCAGAGUACAACAGCACGGUGCUGCUCGAGCGCUACUUUGCCAAGUAUCCCGAGGAUGCCGACAGGGUCGUCAUCAGCUUCAAGGCUGGCGUGGACGUCAAGACGCUGCACCCCGACGGCUCACCUGCGUCCGUGCGACGUUCCAUUGACGCUUUCAAUGCAGCCAUCAAGGGCCGCAAGAAGAUCGACACCUUUGAGUGUGCCCGCCGCGACGCCAAGGUCCCGCUCACCGAGACGUUUGGCGCGCUGGACGAGUACGUCAAAAAGGGCGAGAUCGGCGGCAUAUCGCUGAGCGAAGUGUCUGCCGCCACCAUUCACGAGGCGGUCAAAAUCACAAAGAUAGACAGCGUCGAGGUUGAGCUCUCGAUUUGGAACCCAGAUGUGCUACACAACGGCAUUGCUGCAGCUUGUGCGCAGUACAACAUUCCGAUACUGGCCUAUUCCCCCAUUGGACGAGGGUUCUUGACUGGAGAAAUCAAGUCAUUCGACGACAUUCCAGAGGGAGACUUCCGUCGGCACCUGCCCAGGUUCCAGCCAGAGAAUUUUGACCAAAACCUCAAGCUUGUCGAUGCGAUCAAAGAUAUGGCCAGCAAGAAGGGCUGCACACCAGCUCAACUGGCCAUCAACUGGGUCCGGUCCCUCAGCCAAAGAAACGGUUUACCAGUAAUCAUUCCAAUCCCAGGCGCCACGACUGCUGAGAGGGUCAAGGAGAACUCGACCAUCAUUGACUUGUCGGACGAUGAGAUGGCCGAGAUACAAAACAUGCUGUCAAAAUACGAGAUCAAGGGCGCGAGGUACGCCGAGGGCCACCCUACUAAUACUUAG